CAGCGAGCGGCGCCCGCGUCUGCAGCGACGCGGGGUCCGAGCGCGCAGCGCGGCAGCGGCGGCGGCCGGGGUCGGGGUCUUGGCCGGGGCGGGCAGCGGGCAGCGGGCAUGGCGCUGCAGAGAGGCGGCGGCGGCCGCGCGGUGCUGGGGCUGCCGCUGCUGCUGCUGCUGCUGAGCGCCGCGUGCCUAAUCCCGCGGAGCGCGCAGGUGAGGCGGCUGGCGCGCUGCCCCGCCACUUGCAGCUGUACCAAGGAGUCCAUCAUCUGCGUGGGCUCCUCCUGGGUGCCCAGGAUCGUGCCGGGCGACAUCAGCUCCCUGAGCCUGGUCAAUGGGACAUUCUCGGAAAUCAAGGACCGGAUGUUCUCACACCUGCCCUCCCUGCAGCUGCUAUUGCUGAAUUCUAACUCAUUCACAGUCAUCCGGGACGAUGCUUUUGCUGGUCUCUUCCAUCUGGAAUACCUGUUCAUUGAAGGGAACAAGAUUGAAACCAUUUCAAGAAAUGCCUUCCGUGGUCUCCGGGACCUGACUCACCUUUCUUUGGCCAACAACCACAUCAAAGCCCUACCGCGGGAUGUCUUCAGUGAGUUGGAUUCUCUGAUUGAACUAGAUUUAAGGGGUAAUAAAUUUGAAUGUGACUGCAAAGCCAAGUGGUUGUAUCUGUGGCUGAAGAUGACCAAUUCCACUGUCUCGGACGUGCUCUGCCUCGGACCACCCGAGUACCAGGAGAAGAAGCUCAAUGACGUGACUAGCUUUGACUAUGAGUGCACAACCACAGAUUUUGUUGUUCAUCAGACUCUGCCCUACCAGUCGGUGUCAGUGGAUACGUUUAACUCCAAGAACGACGUGUUCGUGGCCAUCGCCCAGCCUGGUAUGGAGAACUGCAUGGUCCUGGAGUGGGAUCACAUCGAGAUGAAUUUCCGGAGCUACGACAACAUCACAGGCCAAUCCAUCGUGGGCUGUAAGGCCAUCCUCAUCGACGACCAGGUCUUCGUGGUGGUGGCCCAGCUCUUUGGCGGCUCGCAUAUCUACAGAUAUGAUGAAAGCUGGACCAAGUUCGUCAAGUUCCAGGACAUAGAAGUGUCGCGCAUCUCCAAGCCCAAUGACAUCGAGCUGUUUCAGAUCGACGAUGAGACGUUCUUCAUCAUUGCCGACAGCUCCAAGGCAGGGCUGUCCACCGUCUACAAGUGGAGCAGCAAGGGCUUCUAUUCCUACCAAUCUCUGCAUGAGUGGUUCCGUGACACGGAUGCGGAAUUUGUGGACAUCGAUGGGAAAUCACACCUCAUCCUGUCCAGCCGCUCCCAGGUCCCCAUCAUCCUCCAGUGGAACAAGAGCUCCAAGAAGUUUGUUCCGCACGGUGACAUCCCGCACAUGGAGGAUGUGCUGGCGGUGAAGAGCUUCCGCAUGCAGAAUGGCCUCUACCUGUCGCUCACCCGUUUCAUCGGGGACUCGAGGGUCAUGAAGUGGAACAGCAAGCAGUUCGUGGAGAUCCAGGCGCUCCCGUCCCGGGGGGCCAUGACCCUACAGCCCUUUUCUUUUAAGGAGAAUCACUACCUGGCCCUAGGGAGCGACUAUACCUUCUCCCAGAUCUACCAGUGGGACAAGGAGAAGCAGCUCUUCAAGAAGUUCAAGGAGAUCUACGUGCAGGCGCCACGUUCCUUCACAGCCGUCUCCACUGACAGGAGAGAUUUCUUUUUUGCAUCCAGUUUCAAAGGGAAAACAAAGAUCUUUGAACAUAUCAUCGUCGACUUAAGUUUGUGAGGGUGUGAUGGGGGUGUUUAACAGGUGGGUAGAAUUAGCUCUCAGAAGGGAAGACCAAGCAGAGGAGAAAUAAAUAAACAAUAAAAUAAAAUAAAAGCCAGGCUCAGAGCUCUGAAGUUCCAAAAUGUGCCAGGAAAAUAAUUAGAAGUUUUCAACUGUUUAGAUCUCACAUUGUAAUCGGGGAUUGCAUUCAUUGGCUAACUGCAUGAUGUGACCAUCCUCCCGUUUAAAAAGUCAUCGUGACGCCUGUUACUUCUGAGAAAAGAGUACAGCAUUUACUCUUAUCAUUUAGAAAAGUAAUGUGCUUCUGUUCUUCUCUUUCUCUUACUUUUGAACGAGGAAGGAGAAAAUUGGGUAAAGUGCAGCAGCUCUUAUAAUGAAAUAAUAGUAAUAAUAAUAAUAAAAAAAAAAGAAAA